AUGGAGCGAGAGCCCGCGCCCGCCGGACCUUCGGGGCCCCAACCGGAUCCCGUCCAGUCCCACUCGCCCACCAUGCCUCCCCUGGAGAACUCCCCCGAGGACCACCCGUCCAACCCCAGCCCCAGCCCGGCAGAGCAAACCACAGAGGAGGACUUCCAGUUCCUGCGCUGCCAGCGAUGCCAGUCCGAAGCCAAGUGCCCCAAGCUGCUGCCUUGCUUGCACACACUGUGCUCGGGAUGCCUGGAGGCGCCGGGCACAACGUGGUGCCCCAUCUGCCGGGAGCCCUGGUCCCCGGACUCCGACGCGCCGGUGCUGGAUAACGUGUUUUUCGAGAGCCUGCAGCGGCGCCUGUCGGUGCACCGGCAGAUCGUGCGCGCGCAGGCGGUGUGCACGCGCUGCAGGGAGCCGGCCGACUUCUGGUGCUUCGAGUGCGAGCAGCUCCUGUGCGCCAGGUGCUUCGAGGCGCAUCAGUGGUUCCUCAAACAUGAGGCCCGGCCCCUGGCCGAGCUGCGCAGCCAGUCGGUGCGCGAGUUCCUGGACGGCACGCGCAAGCCCAACAUCUUCUGCUCCAACCCUAGCCACCACCGCCAGCCUGAACUGACCAGCAUCUUUUGCCGAGGCUGCGCCAAGCCGCUGUGCUGCUCGUGCGCGCUGCUGGACAACAGCAGCCACAGCGCGCUCAAGUGCGGCAUCGAUGAGGAGAUCCAGCAGCGGAAGGAGGAGCUGAUGGCCAUGACGCAGGCGCUGCAGGAGCAGCAAGGUGCCUUCGGCCAGGUGUGCGAGCGGAUGCGCGCGGCCGUGGACCAGCUGGGGCGCGCGCGCGCCGACACCCAGGAGCAGAUCCGCAAGCGGGUGAGCCAGGUCGUGGCGCACGUGCAGGCGCAGGAGCGCGAGCUGUUGGAGGCGGUGGACGCGCGCUACCGGCGCGACUACGACGAGCUGGGGGGCCAGCUGGGCCGCCUGGACGCCGUGCUGCAGCGCAUCCGCACGGGCGGCACCCUGGUGAGGAGGAUGGAGCAGUACGCCUCGGACCAGGAGGUGCUGGACAUGCACGGCUUCCUGCGCGACGCGCUCGGUCGCCUGCGGCAGGAGGAGCCCCGGAGCCUGCAGGCCGCCGCGUGCGCCGACGACGGCUUCGACGAGUUCAAGGCGCGCCUGCGGGACCUCAUGGCGCGCAUCACGCAGGGGUCAGAUGCAGUGCCACCUGGAAAAGCCAGCCCCGAGACUGCCAGCACCCCCAGAGGCCCUUCUGACACGGACCUGCCUGAGGAGGCACAGAGACCACAGGCCCAGGCACAGGCCCUAGGGCUGACCGAGGCCCAACCCGUGGCUGUGGUGCAGUCAGUGCCUGGUGUACACCCUGUGCCCGUGUACGCCUUCUCCAUCAAAGACUCUUCCUAUGGAGAGGAGGUCUCCCACACAACCACACCCCUGAAGAGGAAGUCCUGCCAGACCCAGUGCCCCAGGAAGGUCAUCAAGUUGGAGUCUGAGGAGGAGAAGGAGGCCAGGUUGGCCCAGGAGAAGGCCAGGUUGGCCCCGAGCUCCCCCGAGCCGCCCCGGCCCAGCACCUCCAAGGCGGUCUUGCCAUCCCACUGGGAUGGACCGCCCAGCCCCGGGAGCCCCACCAUGGAUGGCAAGGUCUUCCUGCCCAGCAGCAACCACGUGCCCAGUGGUGCCCGGGAGGCAGAGGAGUGCGUCGUGGUGAUCAGCAGCUCGGAAGACUCAGAUGCUGAAAACUCGUCCUCCCGAGAGGUGGAUGACAACAGCAGCGAGUCCAGUGACCUCCAGCUCGAGGGCCCCAGCUCCCUCAGGGACCUGGACGACAACCUCACCGAUCCCCAGGCAGAAGACAGGCCCCUGGUUUUCUUUGACCUCAAGCUUGACAAUGAAACCCAGGAGAUUAGCCAGCUGGCAGCUGUGAACCAGGAGAGCAGGUUCCGUGUGCUCAUCCAGCCUGAGGCCUUCUUCCGCAUCUGCUCCAAGGCCGUGUCCCUGGAGGUGGGGCUGCAGCACUUCCUCAGCUUCCUGGGCUCCAUGCGCCGCCCCGUCCUGACCUGCUACAAGCUGUGGGGGCCCGGCCUCCCGAGCUUCUUCCGGGCCCUGGAGGACAUCGGUAGGCUAUGGGAAUUCCAGGAAGCCAUCUCGGGCUUCCUGGCCGCCCUGCCCCUCAUCCGGGAACGUGUGCCCAUGGCCAGCAGCCUCAAGCUCGCGCACCUGGCCAAGACCUACCUGGCCAGAAACAUGAGUGAGCGCAGUGCCAUGGCCGCUGUGCUGGCCAUGCGUGACCUGUGCCGUCUCCUGGAAGUCUCCCCGGGCCCCCGGCUGGCCCCCCACGUCCACCCCUUCAGCAGCCUGCAGUGCUUCGCAUCCCUACAGCCCCUGGUGCGGGCGGCCGUGCUGUCCCGGGCUGAGGUCCGCCUCCUGGCGCUCCGGAAUGUGGGCUUCCCGGAGCUGCUGGCCGCCUACCGCCGCGACCCGCAGGGGGGCCUGAAGAGGUACAGUCGCCACCUGAGCCUGCAGACCCCCGCGUCACCCCCCGCCCAGCCCACUCUCAACCUACAAGCUCUGGGCGCCUACUUCAAUGGCUUGUUGGAGGGGCCGGCCUCGGCACAGGCAGAAGGCGUCUCUGUUCCUCUAGCCAGCCACAACCUGGCAGAGAGGGCCUCCCAGCAGAGCUGA